AUGGCCAUAUACAAGUGGGAACCAGAGAUGCAGAGGGAAAGAACUGAGGUAGGAAAGUAUGCUGCAUAUUGUCAGCGAGCGCUUGAAAGAACUUUGGAACAUGGAGGUCGAGAGGCUAAACCAUCUCGAAUGGAAGUCCUUUCUAUUUUACUAAAGAAUCCCUAUCACCACUCGCUACCCCAUGCUAUACCCGUCCAUUUCAUCAAUGGAACCUAUCAGGUUAUUGGCUUUGAUGGCUCCACAACUAUUGAUGAAUUCCUUUCAUCACUAAAUCAAGAAAUUGGUUGUCGCGACGUUCACCAGUCAGGGUUUGCUCUCUUCUCUGAUGAUCCAAUUGAAAAGGAUUUGGAGCACUGUUUGAAUCGUAAUGCUAAGCUUUGUGAUGUUAUAUCCAAAUGGGAGACAGCACUAAGAGAAAAGGGUUCUGGAAAAUUUGAAAAUACCAAAGUUAUAAGAUUACUUUACAAGUGCUGUAUGACCCACUAUGAAUUUACUGCUUCCCCAUGA